AUGGGCAGAGCCAUGGUAGCCAGGCUUAGACUGGGGUUGUUGCUUCUGGCGCUGCUCCUACCCACGCAGAUUUAUUCAAAUCAAACAACUCCUGCAACACCUUCAAGUAACCCCUCCCACAAUACCUCAACUACUCCAAGUCCAGCGAAUACUACCACCAAGGCAAGUGGUGGUGCUCUGCAGCCAACAGCCAGUGUCUUUGUGAUCUCGUUGGCUCUUCUACAUCUCUACUGUUAAAAGACUUGGGCCAAGAAACGUCUAUCCUUCACCAUCUUCUAAACCCAAUCCAAAUGGCAUC